GAAUUUCAAUCCUUCUGGAGAAAGACUAGCCACUAGUUUUUUUUGGUGGCUUCUGUACCUCUUAGCAUGACAGUUGUGAAUAGAUUUUCCAUUUAUCGGACACUCUUUCCACACAAGCAAGUCUUCUCCUAUCAAAUUUCACAGAUAAUGAUAAUGCUGAUUAUGUGGAGAUCCUUUUAACUUCAAUAAUGGCUAUUAAAUCUUCACAGUUAUUUUUUUUGGGGGGAAUAUUCUUCACAGUUAUUACUUUCCUAAUCUAGAAUUUUUCUGGGUUGUUCUUGUUUUCAUUUUCAAGUGGUCUGAUAUGGUUUGAAUUCUGAGCUAUGGGGUUGGGGAGAGAUGGGUUGAGGAGUGUUUGGGAACUGGGUUUUCUCUGUGGAUGACAGGAAGGAGAAGUAUUUCCUAUCAUAAUAAUCUACAUGAUAUUAAGGGUAGGUUUUCUUGUUGCUGCUUCUAUUGCAGCCUAUGCAGUUAAGCAGCUCAAUAUCAAAACCUCGAGUUCAUCGGCCACUCUAGUCAAGCCUUCUGAAAAUGGCGAAUUAUCUGAAAAACAACCUCAGAUUGAUGGGGAAGAUAGAGAGCACUUUAUAUGUUCUAUCGAUGGCUUCAAAGAACAGGAUGGGGAGGAGGAAGAGGAGAAAGAAGAGGUUAAAUUAAUAAGUGGGAUAAUAAACCAUGGUUCGAGUAAUUCACCCAAUAUUGAGGAUGAGAUUUUACCUGAAUUUGAAGAUCUUUUCUCCGGAGAGAUUGAUUUUCCAUUUCCCAACGACAAGUAUGAUACGGAGAGGGAUUCCAAGGUAGAGAGAGACAGAGUUUACGAGACUGAGAUGGCAAACAAUGCAAGCGAACUAGAACGUUUGCGCAAUUUAGUUAAGGAAUUGGAAGAGAGGGAAGUAAAGCUAGAAGGUGAAUUGCUUGAGUAUUAUGGUUUGAAAGAGCAAGAAUCGGACAUUGUUGAAUUGCAAAGACAGCUCAAGAUUAAGACAGUAGAGAUAGACAUGCUCAACAUCACCAUCAAUUCUCUGCAAGCUGAGAGGAAAAAGCUUCAUGAGGAGGUCUCUCAUGGAGUUUCUGUGAAGAAAGAGCUUGAGGCGGCUAGGAAUAAGAUAAAGGAGCUUCAGAGGCAGAUUCAGCUCGAAGCGAAUCAAACGAAAGGUCAGUUAUUGUUGCUCAAACAACAAGUGAGCGGUCUUCAAGCGAAGGAGGGAGAAGCAUUCAAGAAAGACGUGGAAGUCGAAAAGAAUCUAAAGGCUUUGAAGGAAUUAGAAGUGGAGGUUGUGGAGCUCAAGAGGAAGAACAGAGAGCUUCAACAUGAAAAGAGAGAGUUGAUCAUUAAACUUGAUGCUGCUGAGGCCAGCGUUACAGCCCUUUCUAAUAUGACAGAGACUGAAAUGGUUGCCAAGGCCAGAGAGGAGGUGAAUAACUUGAGGCACACAAAUGAAGACCUUUUAAAGCAAGUUGAAGGGCUUCAAGUAAACCGGUUCAGUGAAGUGGAAGAGCUAGUGUACCUUCGUUGGGUCAACGCAUGCUUGAGAUAUGAGCUACGAAACUACCAAACACCUGCAGGCAAAACAUCAGCUCGUGAUCUCAACAAGAGUUUGAGUCCGAGAUCACAAGAGAAGGCUAAACAGCUUAUGUUAGAGUACGCAGGAUCAGAACGUGGCCAAGGAGGGGACACGGAUCUUGAAAGCAACUUUUCUCACCCCUCAUCCCCAGGAAGCGAGGAUUUUGACAACGCUUCAAUAGAUAGUUCCACAAGUAGGUAUAGUAGUUUCAGUAAAAAGCCUGGCAUAAUUCAAAAGCUUAAGAAAUGGGGCAAAAGCAAAGACGAUUCAAGCACUGUUUCAUCACCAUCCAGAUCGUUUGGGGGAAGCUCUCCUAGGAAUAGCGUUAGCCAUAGACCAAAGGGUCCAUUGGAAUCCCUAAUGUUGAGAAAUGCUAGUGAUAGUGUAGCCAUCACUACAUUUGGUGAAGCUCCUGAAUCUCCGGAAACUCCAAAGGUUUCUUCUCCUGGUGGUGAUUCACUGAACAAGGUUGCAUCGUCGUUCCAAUUGAUGUCUAAAUCGGUUGAAGGGGUUUUAGAUGAAAAGUACCCUGCAUAUAAAGACCGGCAUAAAUUAGCUUUGGAGAGGGAAAAACAAAUCAAGGAAAAAGCUGGGCAAGCAAGAGCAGCGAGGUUUAGCGACAAUUCAAAAUUAAAUUCUAGCUUUGAGUCUAAAGCCAAAUCCAUAAGUUUGCCACCAAAACUUGCUCAAGUAAAGGAGAAAGUAGUUGUCUCUGGUGACUCGAUUGAUCAAUCCAAUGAUGGCAAGACAGCAGAUCCUCAAAUGGUGAGCAAGAUUCAAUUUGCACAUAUUGAGAAGAGAGCUCCUAGAGUUCCUCGGCCACCUCCUAAAUCAUCUGGUGGUGCAAAUACUAAUCCUACGAGUGGGGUACCAGCUCCUUCGCCAGGUGUCCCACCACCGCCACCACCGCCACCACCUGGUGGUGGACCGCCUCGCCCACCUCCUCCACCAGGAAGCUUACCAAGAGGGGGAGGGAGUGGUGACAAAGUUCACCGGGCUCCUGAACUAGUUGAAUUUUACCAGUCAUUGAUGAAACGCGAGGCUAAGAAGGACACAUCGUCUUUGAUAUCUCCAACAUCUAGUACAACAGCUGAUGCUAGGAGCAACAUGAUCGGGGAGAUUGAGAACAGAUCGUCGUUCCUCUUAGCUGUGAAAGCUGAUGUGGAAUCUCAAGGAGAUUUCGUGCAGUCCUUGGCAACUGAAGUCCGAGCAGCAUCCUUCACCAACAUAAAUGAUUUGGUCGCAUUCGUGAACUGGCUUGAUGAGGAGCUCUCUUUCUUGGUUGAUGAACGCGCAGUCCUUAAGCACUUUGAUUGGCCUGAAGGGAAAGCAGAUGCGUUGAGAGAAGCAGCAUUUGAAUACCAGGACCUGUUGAAGCUAGAGCAGCAAGUGACCUCUUUUGACGAUGAUCCCAAACUCUCUUGCGAAAGUGCUUUGAAGAAAAUGUACAAGUUGCUUGAAAAGGUGGAACAGAGUGUUUAUGCGCUCUUGCGUACACGGGACAUGGCUAUUUCACGAUAUAGAGAAUUUGGAAUUCCGGUUGAUUGGUUGCUGGAUUCUGGUAUCGUAGGCAAGAUCAAGCUCUCGUCUGUACAACUGGCAAGGAAAUACAUGAAACGUGUAGCGACAGAGCUAGAUGCAAUGAGUGGACCUGAGAAGGAACCAAACAGAGAAUUUUUGCUUCUGCAAGGCGUGCGUUUUGCUUUCCGUGUUCAUCAGUUUGCUGGAGGCUUUGAUGCAGAGAGCAUGAAAGCUUUUGAAGACCUGAGGGGCCGUGUCGGUACACAAACAGGAGAAGACAAAUAAGUUGGAAACAUGAGGGUUUUAUAUUGUUUUCUUCUUCUCUCUUAUUUAUAUAAUUCAAUUUUCAGUUGUAUACUUCAUCAUCAUCUCCAUGUAUGUAGGUGUGGAAAACAUCAAUUAUAUUGAACAUUGUACAAUCAAUAGUUCAGUUCAAUCCAAAAAAAAGAAAGAAGAAUCUUAUACAGUUAUCAA